GAUUGUGGAUAAAUGCGUCAUUUGAGAUAUACUUGUAACGAAUUUUGGCUUCUAAUAAGAGUGGACAAGUCGGUCUAUUUUCCCUCGAAAGAAAUCAAGGAUUUUGGCAAUGGCAGUCCCUGAAGAACCUAUUCUCUCCAGAUUGGACCGUUUAGAUACCAUGUUGAGGCAGCUAGAAGACAUGAGAGGGAGCAACAGGUCUCCAAAGAGCUCAUGUGCAUCGACCCCAUCAAGUGGGACACUGACAAGUGAAGGGCAUGUCUCAUCCAUUGAUCUAUCACCAAAAAGCUUAGAGAAGCACUGCCGUCCAAUCAACCGUGUGAUGAUGGAGACUGAAAUCAAAGGCACACUUGUUGAGAGACUUGACCUACUAGAGGACCGUCUUCUAAAGUUAUGUAUGCAGUUGGAGGAAGGAUUGGAGGCUGAGAGGAAGAGAGAAGAAGAGAACAGAGAGAGAAGUGGGAAGAAAAAGGGCCUUAAAGGACUUGUUAGGAACAUUGUCAAGGGAAAGAAGAAUCAUAAAACAAAGGAGUGAAAAUGACUUCUUAAAGGACUCGUUAAUUUUCUUGUUCUUGUGGUCUUUCUUUUUUUUUUUCCUUCUUUCUUGAAAAAAAAAAUAUUGUAAUUUUGAUUAUAUGUAGAACCUCCUGCCUUUAAUUUUGUGUUUUGUUUUUAUGGGGGUCUCUGUCUGCAUGUAUAUAUUGUAAUGUUAGGAUGAUGAAUCUGAAAUGACUCAUUUGACAUCAAGGAAGCCAGUGAGAGUUUGUUUUGUUGAA